UCGCCGCCGCAGACGCACUCGGCGAGGCGCGCACGGCACAGCGCUCUCUCCGCGCCCUCCCCGCCGCCGGAGCGCAUUCGCCCGCCCGCGCACCGGCUGAGACUCUUCGCCGCUCGCCCGCCCGCAGCCGCCAGACAGACAAACAACCCUCUGCCCGCCCCCCUGGACCCUGGCCGCCCCGAGCGGAGACUGGAGCAAAAUGAUGCUUCAGCACCCGGGCCAGGUCUCUGCCUCAGAAGUGAGUGCCUCUGCCAUCGUCCCUUGCCUGUCCCCUCCUGGGUCAUUGGUGUUUGAGGAUUUUGCUAACUUGACACCCUUUGUCAAGGAAGAGCUGAGGUUUGCCAUCCAGAACAAGCACCUCUGUCAUCGGAUGUCCUCUGCACUGGAGUCAGUCACAGUCAGCAACAGACCCCUGGAGAUGACAGUCACGAAACCAGAGGUAGCCCCUGAAGAAGAUGAGAGAAAAAAGAGGCGACGGGAGAGGAAUAAGAUUGCUGCUGCCAAGUGUCGAAACAAGAAGAAGGAGAAGACAGAGUGUCUGCAGAAAGAGUCAGAGAAGCUGGAGAGUGUGAAUGCUGAACUGAAGGCCCAAAUCGAGGAGCUGAAGAAUGAGAAACAGCAUUUGAUAUACAUGCUCAACCUGCACCGGCCCACGUGUAUUGUCCGAGCUCAGAACGGGCGGACUCCAGAAGAUGAGCGAAACCUCUUUAUCCAACAGAUAAAAGAAGGAACAUUGCAGAGCUAAGCACCUAUGGCAUGGGGACAACUGAGGAGUCCUCACUGAAUCCUCCUUUUCUACCCAAAACCCCGAAGCCAUUGGAAAGCCAACUUCCUGUGCACAUCUAGCAUCCCAGAAGCUGAGAACCAUUGGUCACUGUACUGGGCCUUCCCACUCUGCCUCAGAGUGAACUUUGGACCAGGGCAACCUUUGUGGCCACCUUUGCCACAACUUCAGGAUUUGGUCCUUCCUACACUGGCUAUUCAUAGAUGUUCCAGGUGGCCCCUGGCUAGGGUCCUGCCCGCUUUGCAUCUGGAUUCCACAAGAACCAGGAUGCCCACCAAUAGGAAUCAUUACAGAGGUGUCUGUACUUUGGAUGGGUGGAUAGGGUGGGACACCUCCUCCACUGCAGCUGCGUCUCUCAUAAGGGACUUGGAGUGAACGCAUUUCUCAAAGUUGUGCAAUGGCCUGGGGUUGGGCUUUCUAGCAAAUACGCUGUUAUGUCCCGGAAUUACUGUGUGCAAGGCAUUCAUUUCAGAAUUAGGAACUGUGCUGUUUUCAUGUUUGUUUCACACAUUGCUGGUGUGACUUCUCUGUGAUUUUCUUCAGAUCUAGUGUCUGAGACUUGGGGCGGGUGGGGAGGCCCGCUCACCGUGGACAGAGUUUCACAAAGCUGUUCAGGUGGCCAGAAGAGUUUGCCUGCUCAGGAGAGUAAAAUCGUCUUGCUGGAUAGCAGAUGCUAACGGAUUGUCAACAGAGGACACUGCUCCCUAGACACCCGAGAGUUAAUGAAGGGUCAGUGGGCAGGACAACAGAUCUUCUGUUGUCAACUCAGUUACACUGUCACAGAAAAGCAGAAAGCAGGUCCAGCCUCCAAAGGGUUAGGACUGUUGCUCAGUGACUCAGGUCAGGAGUUAUUUCGAGGCCAGCAGAGCCAAAGAAGAUUCCGUUUUCCUUUCCUGUGGUCACAACCACAGUCCAUAGAGACACACGUUUGAAGCCAUGUGAUGCCCAGGCUGUGGCAUUAUUGGAUGUCAGAUGGUAUUGUUUUUGUCAGGUAGCUGUUUUAAGAAAUCUGGCCCACAGCAUGAGUAGCUGUGGUCAGUCACAUUGGCCACAGGACUCUGGCUACUGUCUGUUAAAAUUCUGAUGUUUCUGUGAAAUCCUCAGAGUGUUUAAUCCUACUCAAUAGUAUCAUUACAAUUUUCUGUAAAACAAGAUAUUAUUUAUCCCAGUAUUCCUGUCAAUAUAAAUAAAUAUUGGAACCAAGA